AUGUUAGCCAUCGCGACUAAAACCAUUGAAAAAUACAAUCUCAACUCCAAGCUAAAUAUAUCUGAUCUCAGCAAAUAUACCUUAGAAUUUCUUGAGAACCUUACUGAUGAUAGAAAUAGUGAACAGGUAGGUGUAUUGAUACCUAAUCAGAGAAGUGGAAAAAAUAAAACUAUAAAUUUGGUUAAAGGUAAUUGUAGAAUAGCAAUAACCAAGCCCCCAAAAAGUUUAGAAGAAGAGAUCGUCAGAGAGAAAGCAAAACAAAUCUUGCAAAAUAGAUAUGGGUUUAGUGAAGAUCAAGAAGAAACAAUUGGGGAUAUGGUGCAACAGAUUUUACAGGAUAAACUUAGCAUUAGAGAUGUAAGAGCUGAAGCUUAUGCCUUAGCCCUAUCAGCAAAAAAUGCCAAUGCUGGCUCAUCACGUCUCACUCGUCUUCGUAGAGAAUUAAGGAACCUUAAUGCAUCAUUUGAGAUAAUUGAGGUUACAAAAUUUCCAGAUAUUACAGAAGAUGCCAACAAAAUCCAGA